CGCCCGCUCGCUCGCUUGCUUCUCUCUCUCCUCCUGGGCGCACCGGGGUUUUGGUGGUGGGAGGUGGGAGGGGAGACCCACGGAGAAGCGACGUCACAGGGUGGAAAUUCCCCGCCGGGUGGGAGGGUCAGCGGGGAGGAGGAAGGAGGGAGCCUCAAAACCUGCCCGAGCCCGAGGCAGUCUUGGCCAGGAAGCCAGAGAGAGAGACAGAGAGAGACGACCAGCUGGAUCCCAGGAGAGGGAUCCCACGCCGGGCAGAGAGAUCUCUUUCUCAAGCCACCAUGGCAGGUGGUCAUGAACCCCGUAUUGAAAUAUGUGAGCAACCCAGACAGAGAGGGAUGCGUUUCCGGUACAAAUGUGAAGGGAGAUCAGCGGGAAGCAUCCCAGGGGAACACACAACGGAUAUCAACCGGACUUUCCCGUCUAUACAGAUUUUGAACUAUGUAGGAAAAAUAAAAAUCAGGAUCACGCUGGUAACCAAGACCGAGCCGUACCGGCCACAUCCCCACCGGCUUGUUGGGAAAGACUGUGAAAAUGGUUACUACGAAGCCGAAUUUGGUCCAGAACGCAGAGUGCUGAUUUUUCAGAACCUGGGCAUCCAGUGCGUGAAGAAGAGAGACCUCAAGGAAUCCAUCAUCUUGCGAAUGUCGAAGAAAAUUAAUCCUUUCGGUGUAUCUGAAGACCAGAUGCUGGCUAUCGAUGAAUAUGACCUCAGCGUAGUCCGGCUUUGCUUCCAAGCUUUAGUUUGUGACGAACAUGGAAACUGCACAAUACCUCUUCCUCCGGUCAUCUCCAACCCUAUUUAUGACAACCGUGCCCCCAAAUCAGCAGAACUGAGAAUCUGCCGAGUGAACAAGAAUUGUGGAAGUGUGAAAGGUGGAGAUGAAAUUUUCCUCCUGUGUGACAAAGUUCUGAAAGAUGAUAUAGAAGUGAGAUUUGUCAUGAAUGACUGGGAAGCCAAAGGAGUUUUCUCACAAGCCGACGUGCAUCGCCAAGUGGCCAUUGUCUUCAGGACCCCUCCUUUCUACAAAGACAUCUCUGAACCCAUCACUGUGCAGAUGCAGUUGCGAAGGCCUUCAGAUCAAGAACUUAGCCUCCCUAUGGACUUUAGAUACCUGCCAGAGGAAAAAGAUCCUUACGGUCACAAGUCAAAAAAACAGAGAAUGCCAAUCGUUUUUAAAAAGCUCAUCAAAGACUGUGGUCCCUACGAGAAGUCUAAAGCUGGUUCCAUGUUCCAGCCUGCUUCCAGUGAAGGAAAGAUGAUUAAGAAAGAAGGGAAUCUGUAUCACCCCCAAACUGGAUCAGUCCCAAUGGAGAGAACAUCCAUGAACACUCUUCCAGCACAGCCGUAUUAUCCUCCUUCAAUAAACAACCAUUGUUCCAAUGGGCACCAUGUCACAAUGGGUCCCAUCAAGCAGAAUGGAGUUCUGCCAUCAUGCUGGCGUUCCUCCGGUCCCCCCUUCGAUGGUUUCCUGCCUGAAGAAAACUUCUCAGGAAAUAUGUUGCCCCCUGGUUUACAGAACGGUGGUUCUCCAUCACUACAACAGGAGCAGAGCCUGAAUUGGGUGAAUCAGAAGGAUAAGAACUUCUACAGAACAUUCACCAACACAAGGAAUGGGCCAGGGGCAUCAUUAUCAUCCCUGCCAUCAUCUUCACCAUCAUCAACAACAACUCAACAAGACCUACUCAAUGUCUCCAACACAGUUGCAAACCACCCUUCUCACUCUGUCAAUGUCACUGUGGCCAAUGGCCUCAGCAUGGAGAUGGAUGAUGCCAGAUGUUCAAGUGUAACCUUGGAAAAGGCUUCCUUUGUCCAAGUUUUAAAUGCAAAUGGUCAUGGGCAGCAAGUACAACCCAUACCACAUCAUGGUACAUCAGCAGAAGCAGUUUGCAACUCAUCUUUGAAUUCCAUGUCCAACGCAUACGAGCCGCUGUCCUUCUCUUAUCUGGAGAGCCUCAGUGAAGUGAGACCACCCAGCCAACCUGCUUUACAAAACUCAGUCAAUAUGUCCAACAGUCAGUACUUUAGUACAUAUAGCACCCAAGAUGAAGAGUUCCUUAAUGCCUUCGAUGCCAUGCUUUAAAUUGUAUCAAACUUUCAGGUUGAGCUAGACAAAUAUGGCCGUGAGGUAUAUCAUGGCUUCUUUCAGUAGAAGAACCAGUUUUUCAUAUGAUUGAAAUGGGAGAGGUCAUGUUUCUUCUCAGGUUACCUGUAUAUACCAUGUUUUAAACAAUAAUGUGGCUAUUUUAGGAUUAUGGAUCAAGGAUGAUCAGAUAGCUUCAGCUUUUUUGUACAUUUUUUGCUUUGUAAAAAGCUUUCCCAUGUUUGUAGUCAUGUGCUGCUGGGAAACAUUGGUGGAGAAGGUUUACUUCGUUUUUAAAAUAAUAUUUUUAAACUGUGUCCAGCUAACUCUUACUUGGAAACUAUAUCCAGAAUUCGUUUUGUCUGUUGAUAAAAGUCAGAAUUAGACCAAACAAAAAUAAGAUGAAAUCAGGAGUUGACAUAUUCCAUGCAUUCAACUUCUGAUAUAUAGCCAAAAUCUCAUUCACAAUUAUAGUGCACAAUUGCAGUAUAUAUCCCUCUCAUUAUAAGAUGAUAAAUUUGCACAUAUUUAUGAGAUGAUAGUAUCUCUGCUGCGUAUACACUCUUUGUCAAACAAGCGUUAAUGCUAUAUAUUUUCAGCAUUUUUUAAAAUGAGCAUUUUGGCAACAUUGGUUGGUAGCUUGCAGAUGAAGAUGGACUUAAGAUUAUAUUUGUUUCAGCUAUUCCUUGGGACAGUAGAAUCAAUAGACCAAAUGACCAGUCCUGAUGCUGUUUUCGAUGGGCCAGAUGCUAUCUUCUGUCUGGCUGAUUAUUUCAAAGCAAAGCUUGAAAACCUUCUUUUUGGGAAUAACAAUUGGCUAAAUCUCCACCCUUCA